AUGGGAACGAGGAUGGAAGUGGCACAGCUUGAGAGCAGGAUGAACACUGAUGACUAUAGAAAGCUACAGAGCCUUUUCCUGGACACCUCAGGCCAAUCUCGCUCCUUGUCGAGAACUGAAUUCAUCAAUCUGGCUUGUUCAUCAGUUGGCCGUGGCUCCAGGGAGGAAUAUGGCCUCCUGUUUGACAGCGUGGUAGUCACUCAAGAGCACCGCAGCCUUCUUCUGGACAGUGAUGCCGUGAAGGAAGAAGGACGUGUUGACUGGGGAGGGCUGUGCUCUUUUCUUUUACUGGAGCUGUCUGAUAAAGUGAAGAUCAAUAGAACUACCUGCAGUAGUGUGCCUUGCUGGAAGCCACCUCGCACUUUGACCUGUCCACAUCGAGACCCGGUACAAAAGGUGUUGUACCUGCAGAGUUCAGGUCAGUACUUGACAGUGAGUAAAGGAGGAACUGUGGGGCUGCGGGCCGGAGAGGACAUGUCCCUUCUGCACACACAUCGACUACAAAACAGCACAGUCAGACCCAAAGACCUCUGGGUCACAGACGUGGUGCUGCUGCACAAUGUGCACAAGAUAGCUGUGUCAUUCACAAGUAAGGAGGUGUGUUUUUAUGACACACUGUCUAAAUUGGACUUUAACUGCAAGUAUAAACUCCAGGGUUUAAAGUUCUCUCCCUGGUGUCUCGACUACUGGGUGGAUCCUUGUAACCCAGACCAGGCUGUCCUCACCAUAGGAGACAUUGGAGGACAGGUCAGUGCUUUAUAUUUCACAUCAGCUCAGAUCUCUCUGUUUGAGAGACUCAGUCCGCGGAUGGAUUCGGAUUCAGCAGACAUCAUCCUGUGGGAUGAGCUGGUUAAGGGAAAACAUCGCUCCUGUUACACAGUGACACACCAGGCACAUGAGCCAGUCUGGGUUCGAAAAGUAUGUCACCUGGGUUCACUGGAGGCCUUUGUGUCAUGCAGCACCAGCCCACAGAGCAGCAUGGUAAUUGGCUGGAGGGAAAAGGAAAGCAGGAGUCUAAGAGUCACUUCUUUCUUUACAAAGCGGGGAGUGUGGGACAUGGACCACCACCGUGGACUCAAUCUUAUAGCCACAGCAGGUGUGGACCAUCAGGUCCUACUGUGGAACCCUUAUGUGACCUCAGAGCCAGUGUGUGUGCUCAGUGGUCACACAAGCCCGGUCACCUCCGUCCGCUUCAUGCAGACCAAGCAACAAUUGCUCAGCUACUCCAACGACAAGGUCCUGUGUCUAUGGGACGUGUCCAGUCAGCUGUGCAUUCAUCGCCUUGACAGCGUCUUCCCAACGACACAGGAGGACACACGCACUCUCCUGUUCCUCCAUGAGGAGCAACAACUGCUCCUGCUAAGCUUCAACAGCCUACUUCUCAUUCUGGAGACUAUGAAGGAAGAGAAGAGGAUUAACAGCCAUGAGCACCCUGUUACCUGUGUGCUCUAUAAUAGUUUGUUCAGACAGGUAGUCAGCAGUGACUCUGCCUCCUCUGUGAUCUGCUGGUUGGCUGACACAGGCCAAAAGGUCAAGCAAAUCCACGGUUGCCACGGAAACGCUGAAAUCUCUGCCAUGGCCCUAGAUGGCACACAGACUCGACUGUUUACUGCAGGCACUGAUGGAGAGGUCAAAGUUUGGGACUUCAACGGCCGCUGCCUACACAGAAUGAAUGCCGGCCUGGGUCAUGCUGUGGAGAUCUCACAGGUUCUGCUGCUGAAGAGGAGCAUACUGGUGAUGGGCUGGGAAAGGAUGUUAACAGUAUUCCGUCUGCAUUCCUUCUCGCAGCCUUGUGUUGAACCAUCAGAGUGGAAGGGGGGUGUUCAGCAUCGUGGUGAUGUGCUCUGUGCUGCAUUCCAGCCUCCGCAGACUCUUGUCACAGGAAGCUAUGAUGGAGAGAUUAUAGUGUGGAACAACAGCACUGAAAAAGCUUUAAGAAAACUGUGGCCGCGUGCUGAACAUGAUGAAGGCGAGAAGCACCAAGGUAAUUUCCCUGAUUCUCAUCUUGGUUUCAGUGGCAAAGACGACUCACAGAACUGCAUUGCUGUCACCAGGUUGUUCUUUUUACCAGGGCGCACAUCUGUGGCUGCAGCAACAGGUGGUGCAGAUUUGGUGUCAUGUGGCGGCUCAGGUGUGGUCAGGCUCUGGAACAGCCUCCACAGCCGUCUGGUGGGACAGUUCACCGCUCACAAUCCAGACCUGGGGUCUAUUGUUAUGACUGUCAGCCCCUGUGGAAAACAUUUAGUCACAGCUGACAGAGUGGGAACACUGAAGACAUGGGACAUACAGCAUUAUUGCCUCAAACCAGCUGAAGGAGUAACCAAAGAACUUCCAAAACUGCUGCAUAGUUUCCACCCACACCUUGAUCGUGUGACUCACCUGGAGACAUGUAUCCAUGGGGAUAGGGUCCUUCUUCUGUCGGCUUCAUCAGACUGCAGUGUGGCUCUCAGCUACCUGCCUGGAGACACCAUUGGUUUGUUUGGACAGGAGACGCCGUGGAGCUUAGAGAGACCUGGAUGUCUUCACCCACGGCAGGACACAGAGCAACAGCAGCAGGGAGACCAUAAAGGGCAAGGGGACACCACACAGAGAGGGGAGAGGUCACCUCCAGCUCCCAGUGAGACAUAUGCUGACCUAGACCCUGACACCUCAGCAAAGGAUGGAGAGGUGGGGAUGAAAGACAAGGAGGCAGGAGUAGACAGAAGAUAA